AAACCUUCCACCAUCAUCAUGACCCUCAAGAACAAGUGAACAUCCCAUUAACUUCUUCCAUUCAUCCGCCCCCUUUUUUCCCCUUCCCAAAACCCAUUUUUCCCUUCUUGAAUUUGGGGCUAUUUUGGUUGGGGUUUUCUGUUUUUAGGCCGUGGGGCUUGUUUGGGGGUGCCCAGUGAACUGUAAGUGGACUAUCAUGGGAAAUUGCUGGUGUAAAUGGGAGCCAUCCAUGUACAAGGUCUCAUCUAAUGCUAAACCAGAGCUCACGAAGAAUGAGAGUUCGGAAACGAAAGAAGAAACAAAGUUACCAUCAAAUCCAGAAGAGGUAGAAGACAUGCGUCGCACUUCGUCUUCAAACCCGUUGAUUGUGUUUAGAUUUGAUGAGUUGAUAGCCAUUACCAAGAACUUUAGACCGGAUUAUGUGGUCGGUGGCGGAGGGUUUGGAAAUGUGUACAAGGGAUUCAUCAACGAGGAUGUGAGGAAAGGUCACCAAUCACUUGAUGUUGCCGUUAAGGUUCAUGAUGGAGAUAAUAGCUAUCAAGGUCAUAGAGAAUGGCUGGCGGAAGUGAUAUUCUUGGGGCAGCUUUCUCAUCCGAAUUUAGUCAAAUUGAUCGGUUACUGUUGCGAAGAUGACCAUCGUGUGCUUGUAUAUGAGUACAUGGCCCGGGGUAGCGUUGAAAGCAACUUAUUCUCAAGAGUGUUGCCACCGCUUCCAUGGUCUACUAGAAUGAAGAUUGCACUUGGGGCAUCCAAAGGGCUAGCUUUUCUACACGAAGCAGAAAAACCCGUCAUCUACCGCGACUUUAAGACAUCUAAUAUUCUACUUGACCCGGAGUACAACGCAAAGCUAUCUGAUUUCGGCCUUGCGAAAGAUGGACCGGUUGGGGAUAAGUCUCAUGUGUCUACCCGAAUCGUGGGGACAUACGGUUAUGCUGCCCCCGAAUAUAUCAUGACAGGCCAUUUGUCACCCCGAAGCGAUGUGUAUAGCUUCGGAGUCGUUCUCCUCGAGCUUCUCACGGGGAGAAGGUCCUUAGACAAAGUGAGACCAACGAGAGAACAAAACCUCGUGGAUUGGGCUUUGCCCCUUCUCCGAGAGAAAAAGAAGUUGCUAAACAUCAUUGACCCGAGAUUGGAGGGCAAUUAUCCGGUCAAAGCGGUUCACCGGGCCGCAACCCUGGCUUACCAUUGCCUGAACCGCAACCCAAAAGCCCGGCCCCUUAUGCGCGACAUUGUCGAUUCCCUCGAGCCGCUCAACGUUCCGUGUGACGGUCCGGUUUACCCAACGGCUGUGACUGUGAUUAGGGAUAAUGGUGAUGGAGUUACCCAAGUAAAACUGCCAAGUUAAUACUGGAAUCCUUUUAACCUUUUUGUUUUUAAGUAUAUACAAAAUUACUUUAUCAUGUGUUAACAUAGUAUAAUUGUGUACUUGUGGGUACACUUUUUAACAUAGUAUAUAUGUGUUUCAAUAUAUGAAAUGCAUAAAAUUUGUACCAAGUCUUCUUAUAGUUGUUACCAAAGAGGAAUGGAUGAUCUAAGAAGGAUGGAAUCUCUAUUUCCGGAGUAUUUGCAGUUGAUACCCAAAUCUCCAAUUUCAAGUUUCGAAUCCUUAAACCUGAUCGGAAACACGAAGUUUGAGUUUUGGUUCAAGACUAUAAGAUUAGAGGAAAUGAUAUCGGUAAGUUGUGAUUAUCUACAUUUUUUCAUCAUUUACUUAUCUAAGUGUUCUGAAAAUUCUCACAAACACAGGAAAAAUGUUAUGCAUGAAAGAUUUAGCUUUACAACCGAUAAAGUGAUGUUUAUAUAAUAUGAAUCGUUUUCUCGAUCAAAAUAGAAUUAAGAAAUAGAGAAUAAUCUG